CCGGCGGAAAAGGUCAGCCCCGAAGCCGCCCGCCGAGGCUCGGCAAGAAGAAGAAGGAGGCGGCGGCGGCGGGGCCGAGUUGCGCCGAGGGAAAAAGGGCGCGGAGGAGGGAGCCCCGGAGCAGCCAGGCGGAGGGAGGGAAUUGGCUGUAGAAGAGUUUGCCUGGAAGAAAGAAGGCUGUUACUGAACCCUUCUGCUUUGUCUUCCUUCUCUUGGGGAGUGUCCAAGGCCUUCUUGCUUUUUCACUGAUGAUGUUCUGAUCUCCUCUGCUCUGUUAGAACAGCUUCUGAAAGGGGCAAGUACAACGAUAAGACUUAUAGAAAACAAAGAAGGAUACAGAAGCAACGGAUGGACCUGCAUUCACAGUAGGGACAUGAGAAUUUUCAUAAGAACUGAAAAAUGGUAAGGAAGAUGUGAAGUUAACUCCAAAAGCCUCAGGAACCUGAUCUGCAAGCACCAUCUUUCCUGACUGUUUAUUUAGUGGGAUAUGUCUCCUUCUGUUCACCUGGCAUUCCACGUAGGUCUGCUUGCUCUGUUGCAUUCCAGAACUGAGGUCAGAGAAUGAUAUGGAAUCUCAGUAAAUGUGAAGUGAGUAACUCAUAACCUCAAGAAACAUACCAGUUGUUCAAAGUAUAAAGCAUCUAAAGGCCAGAGAGGAGAUCUUCCCUGAGUACAGUGCCCAUAAACAGAAAUAAAGCUGUCUCCUCCCUCCCUCUCUCCCUCUGUCUCUGGUCUCAUCUUAAUUUCUAGAGGCUGGUGUCUCAGCUACAAACCAACCAAGAGACAACCUGUAUAUUGCUAGAACUUGGUCUCUAAGCUGGAAGAUUUAAGGACUACAAUGGAAGAGAAUGUGUUCAGUGUACAACAGAUUCAGCCCAAUGUCAUCUCAGUAAAACUCUUCAAGCGCAAGGUUGGAGGUCUUGGGUUCCUGGUGAAGGAACGCAUCAACAAGCCACCAGUAAUAAUCUCCGACUUAAUCAGAGGAGGCGCAGCUGAACAAAGUGGUCUAAUUCAGACUGGGGACAUUAUCCUAGCGGUCAAUGGAAGGCCCCUGGUGGAUAUGAACUAUGACACUGCUCUGGAAGUCCUGAGGAGUAUUGCUUCGGAAACCUAUGUUGUACUUAUCUUAAGAGGCCCAGAGGGUUUCACCACUCACCUGGAGACAACUUUCACUGGUGACGGGACACCAAAAACUGUCCGAGUUACCAGACCCCUGUGUGUGACUCCAACUGUGGUUGACCUACCAUCAGACCCAAGUAUCCACGUCAAAGAUAAACAGGAAAGUACAGACCACACAAUGGGUGGCUCUGUCAGUUCUCGCUGUGCCCGAGAGAAUGGACCAGGAGAUGAGACUUCAGUGCAUGUCAAUGGGAUGGUUGCCAGCACUGUUGCCAGGGAUGCUCUGAAAGGAACUGGGGAGGUUUCUGAUCACUGUGUUAAUGGCAGCGUUGAAAACAGUGAAUUGCUGAAGGAGAUUGAGCCAGUCCUGGACCUUCUGAAGAGCAACAGCAAGGAAGUCAAUGGAGACCUACAACGCAAGAUGGAAACAAAAGAUGUAGAAGUUCAGGUGGACAGUAUGCAAGAAGUAGACCAAAAGUCACCAAAGGCAUUGCCAGCUGGCAUGGAGAAUGAGCGAGUCUUCAGUGACCUGUGGGAAAAGACUGAGACAUCCACGGGAGUGAGCAACACCACAUCCGAGAAGGACCAGAUGCCACCCUCAGGACGGCAAUCACCAAACAAGACUUUGGUGAAUGGAAGCCCUUCCAAGUGCCCACGCUUUGCAAAAGUGAGGAACUGGGAGAGUGGCUCUGUGCUGAAUGAUACUUUGCAUCUAAAGAGUACCAUGGUGACACCCUGUAGUGAGCAGGUCUGUAUGGGCUCCAUUAUGAUACCUUCCCAGCAUGUCCGAAGGCCGGAAGAAGUCAGGACAAAAGAGCAGCUGCUUCCACUGGCUAAAGAAUUCAUUGAUCAGUACUAUUCCUCAAUCAAGAGGUUUGGCUCCAAGGCCCACAUAGAGAGGCUGGAGGAAGUGACUAAGGAGAUUGAAGCUACUGACACUUACCAGCUGCGAGAUACAGAGCUGAUCUAUGGAGCCAAGCAUGCCUGGCGCAAUGCUUCCCGUUGUGUGGGCAGGAUUCAGUGGUCCAAGCUUCAGGUGUUUGAUGCCCGUGACUGCACCACUGCCCAUGGGAUGUUCAAUUACAUUUGCAACCACAUAAAGUAUGCCACUAACAAAGGGAAUCUCAGGUCUGCCAUCACCAUAUUCCCCCAGAAGACAGAUGGCAAACAUGACUUCAGAGUCUGGAAUUCCCAACUGAUCCGCUAUGCUGGUUACAAGCAAAUGGAUGGCACCAUCCUGGGAGACCCAGCUAAUGUGGAGCUGACUGAGAUCUGCAUACAGCAAGGGUGGAAAGCACCAAGGGGCCGCUUCGAUGUCCUGCCACUCCUUCUCCAGGCCAAUGGCAAUGAUCCAGAGCUUUUUGAAAUCCCACCUGAGCUAGUGCUGGAAAUACCAAUAAGGCACCCCAAGUUUGCCUGGUUUAAAGACUUGGGGCUGCAGUGGUAUGGCUUACCAGCAGUUUCCAACAUGCUGCUUGAAAUUGGAGGCUUGGAGUUCUCAGCCUGCCCCUUCAGUGGCUGGUAUAUGGGCACCGAGAUUGGUGUCCGUGAUUACUGCGACAACUCUCGCUACAAUAUCCUAGAGGAAGUUGCCAAAAAGAUGGACUUGGAUAUGCGGAAAACCUCAUCACUCUGGAAGGACCAGGCACUGGUGGAGAUCAACAUUGCUGUCCUAUACAGCUUCCAGAGUGACAAAGUGACCAUUGUGGACCAUCACUCCGCCACUGAGUCCUUCAUCAAACACAUGGAGAAUGAAUAUCGCUGCCGGGGAGGCUGCCCUGCAGAUUGGGUGUGGAUUGUUCCGCCAAUGUCUGGAAGUAUCACUCCUGUUUUUCACCAGGAAAUGCUCAACUACAGGCUCACACCUUCCUUUGAGUACCAGCCUGAUCCUUGGAACACACACAUCUGGAAAGGUCUCAAUGGUACUCCCACCAAGAAGAGGGCUAUCGGCUUUAAAAAGCUGGCCAAAGCUGUCAAGUUCUCUGCCAAGUUGAUGGGGCAGGCAAUGGCGAAGAGGGUCAAGGCCACUAUCCUGUAUGCGACAGAAACAGGGAAGUCCCAGGUCUAUGCAAAAACCCUGUGUGAAAUCUUCAAGCAUGCCUUUGAUGCCAAGGUGAUGUCAAUGGAUGAGUAUGACAUUGUCCAUCUAGAACAUGAAACCCUUGUGCUGGUGGUCACAAGCACCUUUGGCAAUGGAGAUCCACCUGAGAAUGGCGAGAAAUUUGGCUGUGCCCUGAUGGAAAUGAAGAAUCCCAACUCCAACCUGGAAGAGAGCAGGAGCUACAAAGUACGUUUCAACAGCGUCUCCUCGUAUUCAGAUGCUCGGAAAUCCUCAACUGAUGGGCCGGAAGACAGGGAUAACUUUGAGAGCACUGGUCCUUUGGCCAAUGUCAGAUUCUCCGUCUUUGGUCUCGGGUCACGGGCGUACCCCCACUUCUGCGCCUUUGCUCGUGCUGUGGACACACUCUUGGAGGAGCUGGGAGGGGAGCGUAUCCUGAGGAUGGGUGAGGGAGAUGAACUCUGUGGACAGGAGGAAUCCUUCCGGACAUGGGCCAAGAAGGUCUUCAAGGCAGCAUGUGAUGUGUUCUGUGUGGGCGAUGAUGUCAACAUUGAGAUGGCCAACAACUCCCUUAUCAGCAAUGACCGGAGCUGGAAACGGAGCAAGUUCCGCCUGACGUAUGUGGCUGAGGCUCCUGAAUUGACACAAGGCUUAUACAGCAUUCAUAAAAAAAGAGUCUUUGCAGCCCGUCUUCUGAACCGUCAGAAUCUACAAAGCCCAAAAUCCAGCCGCUCCACAAUCUUUCUGAGGCUCCACACCAAUGGGCACCAGGAGCUGCAUUAUGAACCCGGAGACCACUUGGGUGUUUUCCCAGGCAACCAUGAAGAUCUGGUCAAUGCCUUGAUUGAACGGGUGGAAGAUGCACCUCCCACCAACCAGCUGGUGAAGGUGGAACUGUUGGAAGAAAGGAGUACAGCUUUAGGUGUCAUCAGCAACUGGACAGAUGAGAACCGCAUUCCACCCUGUACCAUCUUCCAGGCAUUCAAAUAUUAUCUGGAUAUAACCACCCCUCCCACACCGAUCCUGUUGCAACAGUUUGCCUUAUUGGCCACCAGUGACAAAGAGAAGAAGCGCCUUCAAAUUCUUAGCAAGGGUCUGCAGGAAUAUGAAGAGUGGAAAUGGUCUAAAAACCCCACAAUGGUUGAAGUGCUGGAAGAGUUCCCAUCUGUACAGAUGCCCUCCACCCUCCUACUGACUCAGCUCCCAUUGCUCCAGCCUCGCUACUAUUCCAUCAGCUCUUCCCCUUACAUGUACCCUGAUGAGGUCCACCUCACAGUAGCUGUGGUCUCCUAUCGCACCAGAGAUGGGGAAGGGCCAAUACAUCAUGGGGUCUGCUCUUCCUGGUUCAACCGGAUACAGGAGGAUGAAAUAGUGCCAUGUUUUGUCAGAGGAGCUCCUGGAUUCCACAUGCCCCAAGAUCCACAGGUUCCUUGCAUCCUGAUCGGUCCUGGGACAGGGAUUGCUCCUUUCCGGAGCUUUUGGCAGCAGCGACUCUUUGAUAUCAAAAACAAAGGUCUGAAACCUUGUCCCAUGACACUGGUUUUUGGCUGCCGCCAGUCCAAGAUUGACCACAUUUACAAAGAGGAAACUUUGCUGGCCAAAAGCAAAGGUGUCUUCAAGGAACUGUUCACAGCUUACUCCCGGGAGCCAGAAAAACCAAAGAAAUAUGUGCAAGACAUCCUGCAGGAGCAGCUGGCAGGAUCAGUUUACAAGGCACUGAAGGAACAAGGAGGCCACAUUUAUGUCUGUGGUGAUGUCACCAUGGCUGGAGAUGUUCUCAAGACCAUCCAGAGCAUUGCGAGGCAGCAAGGAAAGCUGACAACUGAGGAGGCCAGUACUUUCAUCAGCAAGCUAAGGGAUGACAACCGAUACCAUGAGGAUAUAUUUGGAGUCACUUUGCGCACAUACGAAGUGACUAACCGCCUACGAUCUGAGUCGAUUGCACACAUCGAGGAGAGCAAGAAAGACACGGAUGAGGUGUUUUGUUCCUAACCUUGAGUAACCGUUGCCCAAGAUGGGAUGCCAAGCCCUGGCCAGUCAUAGCAGCUCCUGCUGCACUGUUCCAGCCCAAUGGGGGGUCUGGAUCCUGUACUGACACAUCCACAUCCGCUCCUUUUCUCCAGGGACUCCACGGCCCAUGGCAAAAGCUCUUCUGUGUCUCGUCCUGUUAUUGUGUCCUGAUGGAUGUGUGUUGGCCAGCGCGCAGAUGGUGACAGAGGAGAUGGCGACGAAGCUGAUGUUGCUCCCCUCACACACCUCUCCUUGCAUCCUGUGGCAGUUUCUUUUCUCUCCAUGUGCCAUUCUCUGGAGUUCCCUCGCUAAAGCGUGAUGGCUUUUCUCAACCUGCAGUGGCUCUUAUACACACACACACACACACACAACUCACAACUUUGUUCUUCCUCUUGUUAAUGACAAGGACUUGGGGGGGUUGUUUUGCUUUUUGGAGGCUGCAUGAAAUCACUACCUAAGCAAUCAUCAUCUGUAUCUUUCAGUGUUCCAUGGGGGGUGGGGGAUCAAGGAUAGCAGCAGAGAAAUGUGGAGUUGCCAUCUAGUUUGUCAAACUCUUUGCUUCAAGCAAUGGGUCAUAUUCCCACCUCCGCCACUGUUCAUUGUCUGCACUCUGGCAGGAGGAAGGUGGGGAGGGGGUGAAUGGCUGCCCUGUGCAGUCUCUCUGUCCUCUACAAAGUGAGACUGGUCUCUCUUGGACAGGUCACAAUGUCACCUUCAUCAGCAUGCUGUGUUCUGGUUGCACUGUCUUAAUGUUACUGCCUUGCCCCUUUCUCCUUUUCCUGUCCCGGCUGAGUUCUCAACCCUGUGCAGUGUGCUUGUGUACAGUGGAUUUAAUGGUGGUGCUGGGGUCUUCAGAUCGGGGUGGGCAACUCUGACCCACCCCAGAUUUUUCAGACUACAACUUACAUUGUCUUUCACCAUUGCCUGUGCUAGCUAGGGCUGAAUGAAGUUGUAAACCCCUCCUUCCAAAAAAGGAAAGUAAAAAGCAACUGGGAGGCUCCAGUUGCUCACCCUGCUUUACAUUGUCAUGUAUAUUGUUUCACUUGCUUCAAAGUGAGGUAAGCCAGCUCCGCUGCAUCUGCUCCCUGCUCCUCCUGUUUAUUCGGCCGAGUAGGACCCUAGACUUCAUCCCCAAAAUCCAGCCUUAAUGGCACCACUCUUUGAAGGUUGCAAAGGUAAGCAGACUUUCGCAGACAGGCUACCAGAAAGCGACUGUGGACCAUGCCCUGCCUUUCAGAGUCUUUGUACAUAGGAGAGCCUUCUAGGGGUUUUGCUCGCUUAACGUCAUGGGAUGGAUGUAUUCUUUUUCCCUUAAAAAUCAUGGUGCCAAAGAACCAUCUCUGCAUAGGCCUGACCCAAGACAUAUUGCAGUCUGAAGUCAACGGGCCCCAUUCCUGCCCAGUCAAAAAGCAUAGAACUUAGAUCAAGUUAUUUUAGGAUGUGUGGCAACAGUAAAAGCAUGGUAGUUAAUAAAUAAAAACUGAGUGCCUUUGCAUGACACCCAUAAUCAGCGGCAUCAGGCAGCCCCCUCGCUCUUGGGAAAAGAUUAAGCAAUCCUUUCCACUGAAGAGCCAUAUAGACAAGGGGAAGGCCAUUCUGACUCUCCAGUGGAGAACAAUCAUGGGAGAAACAGUUCAACAGCAUUUAAAAGGAUUCAGAUCCUUCAUCCCUGGUCUACAACAUCCCUGUCUUGCCAGAGAUACUACAUAUUAUGCAGGGAGGAGGGCAGGGGCAUUGCUAGGCCUGGUCUCAUAGGGUUCAGGGCCUAAAUCUGUUUCCCCAAACCCUGAGUGUCCGUUGGUGCCGACUGAAGUUUUGUGUAAGCUUGUCAAGGAGCCAGGGUUCAGGGGAAUGUCUGCUGAGGAAGGGUAGCUUUAUCCUACUUCCAACAUUCUGUAGGGACAAGAUGUGGAGGAGAAGAAACAGAGAGAAAUGAAUGGAAGACGAAAGAAAAGCCUUCUUUAUUGCCCUCCUAAAAGCUUUAAUAAUUUAAAAAGAAGGCACCCCAAGCUUGUGAACACAUCCCGGUCAGGGGGCAAUAUGGAUUAUCUUGGCUCUUCUGUGUCUUCUGUGAUAGUAAGCAUGGUCCUUCCUAGCAGAAUCCUAGAGACCUCAAGGGCCAUCAAGUCCAACCCCGCUGCCCUGCAGGAAUAAGUUUGAUAAACUUAUUUUGAGGAGAGUAUAGGUCCCAGAAUCCCCCAUCUAGCUUAACUGGUGCCCAUUGUGGGUGGUACAUUUUUGGAAUUGUAGUCCAAAAUGUAAGUUUCCCAUGCUCCCUACCUUUCUCUGCUUGUGAUAGUAGGUGUGUAUUGGUGGAGUGGGGUAUCCAUCACACCCUGUUUGUUUGUUUGUUCGUUCAUUCAUUCAUUCAUUCUCUCUUUCUCAGAUACUCACUAACUUGAUUGAUGUCCAUGAUCACAUGAUGUAUGGAAAAAUGAGCGCUAUCUCAAUGAUUCAUAAAAAAUCCAGGACAUUCUCAACUUCCCUAGAUGAUAGAUCUUCCAGCUGUAAUGACACAAAGUUAAACUCUGAACUACAUUUUCAGGACACGGUUGCAAACUUUUAGUGGCAAAUUCACUAAUAUGCCACAGUAAAACACCUUUGAGUCCUAAUCUGACCUUGAGUGAGUAUAAAUGCUGCCCAGUCUUCUUUUUGAAGAAUUUGUCAAUCACGAUAGCAGAAACACAUGUACAUUUCAGCUUAGAUACCUGAGGUAGUUUAUAAAAGGGAGAGCAUUUUUUGAGUAUAGUGAGUAAAGCUAGAUGGGGCUAUAAACUUAUUUUAUCUCUCUCAAGGCCCUUAAGAACUGAGAAUUAAACAUUGGCUGGACAGAGUUUGAAAAGGUGAGGGAACGUCCUCUUGGGGUUGUAAAUGUUGUAUAGAUUCCUUGGUAGCCCCUUGGAGGACAUGCCUUUUCAGUAGAAUGUGUUGCUGUUGUGAUAAACUCUGGCUGGGUUUAGUUAUGGCACUUUGAUUCAGGCAGUAAUCCUAUAGAUGGUUAAAUGGGAGAAAACCCCACUGUCCACAGUGGAACCUAAUUCUGAGUAAAUGUACAGAAGGUUGCACUGACAGUAAAUGCAAGGCAAAGCUGAUAGAGGGUGAUUUAAAAAAGAAAACAAAAUGAUUCAUUAUCGCAAUCUUUUAGCGUAACCUAGACCUGGUAAGAUCAAAAUAUACCACAUUCCAGUUCAAUCCAAAUUCUACACAUUCCCAAAGUCCUGAUUGUAUCAUGCUGGGGUUGUCAAAGAAUACAUGCAGCUUAUUGCCUUGCAAAAAGUGAACUGCCACACUAGCUUGACAUCAUUUGCUGCAUCAGGUUAGCCAGACAUGCUCAAAUACUUAGAAUACUUUGCCCAAGCAGUUACGUGGGCGAGUACAACUGGAUGUCUGGACUGCAUGUCAGUUUAUUGUGAGUUUAACACAAAGAUGCAUGUGUAUGUUUGUUUCCCUUAUCUAUCUCCCCAUGUGGAUUGCUGGAGCUGAAAAUGUAAGCAGCAGAUGCACAAGAACAAAAAAACUUUUUUUUUUACAACAGACAAAUUUAGUGAGGCUCAGCUGUAAACUUAUCUAAUAAAUGGCUCAGUUGUUUGCCAUGCUUGGAGACAUAUCGUGGCAUGGCAUGCUUUGAGAAACAGCUUGUGCGUCAGUGGAAUGUUAGAAGAUACAAUUUUGUGUCCAUUUAACUGCUGAAUAAAUGCCUUCAUCUGGCUCUCUUUAUUGCAUUUCAAUUGGUCCUCAUAGAUUUUGCCUGUUGCAUUUUUUCCCCUUAAAAUGUAAUCGACCACUUUUGGGGCCAGUCCAGGGAUGGGAAAACAUGCAGCCCUCUGCAUGACUGCAACUCCCAGCAGCCAUAGCCAGCCCAGCCAAUGGUGAGGGAUGUUGGGGUUUGUAGUCCAACAACAGACUUACCACACAAAACUAAAAAAACAGAAUUUUAACAUGAUAAAAGUGUCUGGCUGGUACUUAUCACAUGGCAUCAUGUCCAUCCUGCUGCUCCCUUGCAUUCACUAAUGAAGUGUGCCAUUUUUCAUUAUGCUCUCAUUCUCAUUGCUACUCCAUUACUGCCUUUGUGCGAUGGGUCCCUUUUGCAACAGUUCCAUUUCUCAGGCAGACAUAUGGUGUGCAUGGGCAUGAUUCUGCUCCUCUCCCCUCUUGCCUUUGCAGCCAUUGCAUCCAUCAGUUUCUUCCCCAAGCCUGCUGGCAGUUGGGAUGACUUGUCCGUGGCUUCCUCCAGAAGCGUGGGGCUGCUGUAUGGCUGUUCAUGCUUCAGGGGGAAGACACAGAAACCAUUGCUGCCAACAACUUCCCAAAGUUGGGAAGCUCAGUGCUUUCAGAGAAGGGAGAAGCAGCACAUUCACACAAGCAGGGUUUGGCAGUGCAAAAAAAGACCAUGGGUCGCCAGACCACUAUUGUGGGGGAAAGUGUGAUAAAUGAUGCCAAACUGAUCUGCUUCCAUUCUUAAACUAGCACAAUUGUAGCAGGACAACAGGCUGGUAUGAUAAAGUCCAAUAUCUGGAGGGCUGCAUGACUCCCAUCCUUGCCUAGUCCCUGUCUUCUUGUGUAACUCUUGGCUCUGGUUUCCCCCCAUGCUUGCUUUGUAUAAAAGAAAGUGCACUCUCAUCUCAUGGCAGAGGCUUUUCUCCUGGCACUGCAGAAAAUGAACGAAAGAGGCAUCUUUGUUCAAUGAGCUGAUGCUUAUGUUUUGUCAGUGGAUGCUGCUGUAAUGCUUAACUGUGCAGAUGGUGCUAUAGCAGUACCUAGUGGCAGAAUACAAGCAUUGCAGUUGAGUGAUUGUAACUAUUUUAAAAAAUGAAAAGCUAUGCCAUUUCUAGUGCAGAAAAGCAUUCAUAAUUAAAUAGAAACUUGCUCCUUUUACCUUUAUCAGAUAAUGGCAACCAUGUGUUUUGGUUGUACAAACUUGUCUCUGCUCCCUCACAUGCGCUUUGGCCGGUUAACUUCAAGUGCUCUGAUGAUGAUGUGAGAUGAACAGCUGUAUAUAUGUUUCUGCCUACGCAGGGCUGCGACUUAAUAUGGGUGAGCAACAUUUGGAAAUCUAGAGGUCUCCCAAGCAUCCAAGCUGUGGAUCCUUCCUUGCUAACAUGACCAUUUUUCAUUCCUUUCCCUUUCAGCUCAGCGCCCUUGUGUCACUGUGCCUUCUUUGUUAUUUAUUUGUUAAUGGGUAUUUUUGUUUGUUUGUUUGUUUGUUUUUGAGUCACUGCCAUACAUCAAAAGCUGAUGAACAAAUCACAGUUGCAUUUCCUUGCGUGGAUGGGCAGUGCAAUUCAGUUUGUAAUGUUUUGAUACACUGCACAAAUGUCUGUUUCUUGGGUGUGAGGGAGGGUGGGAGCUGUAUUUGAUCAUAUCAGUGCUUUAAGCGGUCGGAAAUCUUUUAUGUUCCUUUACCUCCAAGCUCUUGAUGCUGCCAAGUCGACACCAUUUGUACAACAUGCUCAGCACCUCUCUCAUGGACUGACUCCUGCUCUUGUUUGCGAGGUAUCUACACUGUUCUAAAGCAUGCACCUCCUUUCUGUAUAGUUCGGAUCUUCUGAUUUUAUGGAAUAAAAAUACUUAUGCCUGUUUGCAUUGCAAUCAAUUAAAAAAGUGAA